ACUGGAACGCAGCGCAAUUUUGGACUUUGACAUGAGACAACACAGACGAUUUGUUGAUUAAAAUUAAUUUAGUGUUUCGACUAAGAACCAGUUUCCUAAGGUUAUAAAUCCUUUCACCUCCGAACGAACAAACGAAACGAAAAUGUCGGAAAACAGUAGCCCAAUUAAGUAUUUUCUAAGUGGUGGAUUUGGUGGUGUUUGCACUGUUUUAGCGGGCCAUCCAAUGGACACUGUAAAAGUGAGACUACAGACUAUGCCAGUGCCUCAAUCCGGAGAGAUUGCCAUGUACGCUGGCACAUAUGACUGCUUCAAAAAGACCAUACAAAAAGAAGGAUUUCGAGGGCUGUACAAGGGUAUGUCAGCACCCUUAACUGGGGUAGCCCCAAUUUUUGCUAUUAGUUUCUUUGGUUUCGGACUUGGGAAGAAACUAAUAAAAAGAGACGAUGAACAAGUUUUGUCAAAACCGGAGCUGUUUGCUGCUGGUGCUUUCUCUGGUAUUUUCACUACUUCCAUAAUGGCACCAGGGGAGCGCAUCAAAUGUCUACUUCAGAUUCAACAGGGUGGCAAUAUGCCACAAAAAUACACAGGCAUGGUUGACUGUGCCAGGCAGCUUUAUGCAGAGGGUGGUAUGAGGAGUAUAUACAAGGGCAGUGUGGCCACCAUACUUAGAGAUGUGCCAGCCAGUGGUAUGUACUUCAUGACUUAUGAAUGGGUUAAAGAAGUACUGGUCCCUCAAGAUGCCAGUGCUAAGCUUAAGAUGAUGGCAACAAUUGUUGCUGGUGGUUGUGCUGGAAUAGCUAACUGGCUGGUAGGCAUGCCGGCUGAUGUAUUGAAGAGCAGAUUGCAAACAGCUCCUGAAGGAACAUAUCCUAAUGGCAUGAGGGAUGUAUUCAAACAGUUGAUGGAAAGGGAAGGUCCAACUGCCCUAUACAAGGGAGUGACCCCUGUCAUGCUCAGAGCUUUCCCUGCCAAUGCAGCAUGUUUUGUAGGAUUUGAACUUGCUGUGAACUUCCUCAACUGGGUGGCCCCUAACCUUUGAUACCUGUCAAAAAAUGUUUUAGAGCAAAAUAAUAUUGUAUCAUAGUUAGUUAUAAGUGAAAGUAGUUGAAGUUAUAAGUCAUAAACAUGAACUAUUAAAUUAUAAAUGAAUAUAUUUUUAUUAAAAUCACAAAAAAGUUCUUGAGCAAGUAAAAGAAUUUAAUUCAUGACAUAGUUUUAUGCUUAUUUAAAUGCAGUUUUGCACAAAGCCAAUAUGAUGCCUCAUCUAAAAUGUAUUAUAUUUUAUAAGUAUUACUGGUUGUUAAAUAUCUGUGAAGAUUAUGUGCAAUGCCUCUCAAAGCAGGAAAUAAAUAUAUUUUUUCAAGCAAUCAUUUUUUAAUUUAUUUACUAUAAUCUAUUCUUUACUAUCUGAAGUUGGGAUGGGAUGGUUUUUUAACUUUAUCAUUACAAUUUAUAAUUUGUUAGACAAUUGUAAAAGUGGUAACAGUAUGAGAUAAAUGAAUUAACAAUGGUAAGGGUUACUCAUAAAAAUAUGUAAGAUUAUGAGUUAUCUUAUCAACCUUACUAAACAGGUUUAUAGUAUAUUUUAAAUGUCAAGCUCAUAACUUUUAUUGUACAUAAAUAUUUGUUAUAAUACAUAUACUAUUGUUAUCUAUACCAUAAAAGAAAAUAAAACAAAAUGUUUCAGUAGAAUUCUCGUCUAAACUUUAUUUCGAAUGAUUUGUCACUCCGAUGGUCUCUUGCCAACUUCAUUCUAUUUUUAUGUUUAACAUUGUCUUGUGUUUUGUUGUCUAUAGGUUUUUGUUUGGCAUGUCCAAGGCCUUUCCUGUCCUUCUUUUGUACAGUUUUAAUAGGAUAAAGUUUACCAGAUCCAUCUCUGCCCAGACCAGACUGUUUAUCCCAACCACCUCUGAGCAUCAACUGAUAACCUCUGUUAGUUUCUGGUAAUACAUAACAUGCUGGUAUUUUCUUCCCUCUACUAGCAGUAAUAUUGUGUAUUGUUGAUGACAAAUGUUCUUCUUUAUCAGGAAAUGUUUUAUUACACAACUCACAAAUAAAUUCUUCUUUUAAUUUAACUGUUACUGAUGUUUGUUUUGUGUUUGGCUUUGGUGGAGCAUCUUUCUGUAUGUAUCUUAAUAAGAUAUCAGCUAAUAUAUAAUUUUUAUUCUUAAUUACUAGACUUCGAGCAGAAUUGCCAGCUUUAUCUCUUACAGACAUGUCUAUACCUCUUUUUAACAAUAGCUUUACAACAUCUACGGAGUUUGCUUGGCAAGCAAUCAUUAAUAAACUCCAACCAAACUCAUCCACAAUAUUUAACUUAUCAGGGUAUCUGUCUAAUUCACAUUUAACUCUGUCAACAUCAUUAUUCUGAAUUGUAAUAAAUAAGUCUUUGUUUGAUAGUGGUGUUUUCUCUUCUGUUAUAACCUUUUUCUUUUUUUCAACACCCUGUGUCUUGAGCCUGUUUGGCGCCUUUGCGUGUUUUAUUUCUUCAAGGUAUAGCUUUCUUGCUUCUUCUCCACUUAAUACACUUUUAUCUGGGAUAAUAUUUAUGUCUUCUUCAGGUAAACUGGCUUUCACGAAAUUACUAUAGAUUUUAUCACUCAUUGUU